GCAGCAGCAGCAGCAGCAGCAGCAAACUCUCUCCUCUCUUUUUCUCUUCUUUCUGGAGUUGUUUCCUGUUCAGAGGACAAAAGCCAAGGAAGUAGGAGAGAAGUGAUCCAGGGCUGAAAGCUUCCAUCAAAAACAGAAACAAAACGCAGACCUGGCUGCCCCCAUGCCUAUCGAAUUUGUUUGCAAAAUCAAAUUUGCAGAGGAGGAUGAGAAGCAGAAAAGCAAGCAGGAUGGGGACAAGGAGAGCCUGAUCGAGGAGAGCUGCACACCUCCGGCCAAGGACUUGGCUGGAUUCGCUAACUCCUGCUCCCUUCAUGGGAUUAACCACAUCUUUGUUUCUGGUCGCCUGGGCAUCCGGCAGACUCUGUGGGCUCUUGCCUUUUUGACUUCACUGGCACUGUUUCUUUACCAUGCAGCUAAGUGUGCCAUCUCUUACCUGGAGCACCCGCAUGUCACAGCUCUGAAUGAAGAGGCAACCCCGGAGAUGGUUUUCCCGGCUGUUACCAUCUGCAACAUCAACCGCUUUCGCUUCUCUGCUCUUACCGACGCUGACAUCUACCACCUGGCUAACUUAACAGGCCUGCCCCCCAAAAACAGGGAGGGGCACAAGCCUACUGAUCUAAUGUAUCCUGCCCCUGACAUGCAGGACAUCUUCAACAGGACAGGACAUCAAUUAGAAGAGAUGCUUAUGAGCUGCAAUUUCAGUGGACAGAACUGCUCAGUCGGGGACUUCUCUGUGGUUUACACCAGAUAUGGGAAAUGCUACACUUUUAAUGGCAACAAGACCACAUCGAGGAAAACAAAGCAGGGGGGAAUGGGAAACGGGCUGGAGAUCAUGUUGGAUAUCCAGCAGGAUGAGUAUCUGCCCAUCUGGAGAGAGACAAAUGAGACGUCCCUGGAGGCCGGCAUCCGAGUUCAGAUCCACAGUCAGGACGAGCCUCCCUACAUCCACCAGCUGGGCUUUGGUGUCUCUCCGGGCUUCCAGACCUUUGUUUCAUGUCAGGAGCAGAGGCUGACCUACCUGCCCCAGCCCUGGGGAAACUGCCGCUCCACCAGCAAAGAGAAGUUCCCAGGAUAUGAUACAUACAGCAUCAGUGCCUGUCGCUUGCUCUGUGAGACCAACGAGGUCCUGCGAGUGUGCAGCUGCAGGAUGGUGCACAUGCCUGGAGCUGCAGAUAUCUGCCCGCCCAGUAAAAUCAACUGUGUUGACAAAGCACUUGCACAGCUACAGAAGAACAGUGGGGACACCUGUCCAUGUGAGACACCCUGUAAUCUCACCCGCUAUGGUAAAGAGCUCUCAAUGGUCAAAAUCCCCAGCAAGGGCUCUGCUCGCUAUCUCUCCAGGAAAUAUGACAAGACAGAGGACUACAUCAGAGACAACUUUUUGGUCCUAGAUAUCUUCUUUGAAGCGCUGAACUAUGAAACAAUUGAGCAAAAGAAAGCCUACGACGUUGCAGGUUUAUUAGGUGACAUUGGCGGACAGAUGGGCUUAUUCAUUGGAGCCAGCAUCCUGACAGUCUUAGAAAUACUGGAUUAUAUCUAUGAGAUGAUCAAGCAUCGGCUACAGCGUCUGCUGAGGCCGCAGAAAGAGGAGAGCAAGGCCAAGCAGCAGACCAGCACUGUUGCAACCGUGGGCCUAGAGGAAAUGAAAGCAAAGGAGCCCAAUGACAUGACACGGAGUCACCCAGAGGGGGCAUACGCCAACACAAUUCUCCCCAACCACCACCACCCUCACCCUCCCCACCAUCACACCGGACACCAUGGGGUGUUUGAGGAUUUUGCUUGCUAGAGCCAACCAUCGUUUCCAGUCCUGGUGACAGCAAAACAUAUGAGCUGUCUGUGUUGAGAAUAAUAACAGGUCCUUGGCAUUUCCGUCGGUUGUUUGGUGUCACCAGUGAAAAGCUACAGCCAAAGUCAAACACCAAACCUGUGCUACUAACAAACCACUUGUACGUACGGUAUGUAGGCACAAACUGGACAGCUUUCUUUCUUUCUCUCUCUCUCUCUCUCUCUCUCUCUCUCUCUCUCUCUCUCUCUCUGCCUGGAUGGGCCACCUCUCCACUUUGUGCUGCUUCACGUGGGAAGUCAGGCACUUUAUGAUUUCAGGACCAUUUUCAUUAUAUAAUCACUUCAAGGGAACAAGUGGAGGACUGCAUGUCACCUUGAUUCAGUUUAUACUCCAAAAAAAGGAAAAAAUGUGAUUUAUUUAUUUGGCUAGCAUCUCUGAUUUUCUUCUUUUUAUGUCGCUCCAUUUACCUCUCCUCAAACUGUUCCUCUUUUUUCAUGGAAAACACACUGUGCCACAUCAAGCCAUUAUACAAUAUAAAUUAUGUAAUUAUUUAAAAGAUGAUCAAUAUAUGUUCUAUAUUGUAUACAAAAUGAGAAAACUUCAGUAAGUAAAUCUUAUUCAUGUUACAUCCAUCCAUCCAAAAUAUGAGGGGAAUUAUUUAGGCUGAAAUGUAUGACCUUGGCUUAGAAGACCUAGCAGCAUCUUUCCACGAGACACUGUGUAGUGGUUAAGGUGUUAGAGCGUAGCAUUGUACUUGUAGAUAAAGUCCAACUUUAAAAUGAGAAAGUUCUAAAAGUUCUGUUUUAAUGGUUGUUGUUUAUAUUCAGUUAAUAUAUAACUUAAUGAUAAUAUAAUAAUUCGAGUUAUUUCUACAUUUUAGAGAAGAUUUUUAUAUGGCAAUAGCGAUCACGAUUAUAGCAAUUACUGUACACUUAAAAUCUGCAGAUAUGUUAGACUGCCACGCAUCAGUAUGAGAGUGGACUGUAAGGAUCACACAUAUUGUCUAUUUCUUUUUAAAUGUCCUGCUUUUUACCAAACUGUUUUGUUGUUAUCUUAACAUUUUCCAAGACAAUACAAACAUUGUCUUCAGUUAUGACAAGGUUGUACUUAAAUUUUUCUUCCUAUCCACCGUUCACUCUUUACUUCUGUUAGCAUCUUAACUUUCAGCUGACAUAAGCAAUAAGAGACAGAAUUUAAUUUUUGGCCAAGUCAUCUCAUUCAGCUGUGGGUCAGAACCACUGUAGAGGUGUAUUUCCAGUGUGGCAUCAGUGUGUGUGUGUGUAUGUGUUUGCAUUGUCACUUUAAUAUUUUGCACACAUGACUGAGCACAUUAGACUGAUGGGCUCUGCUGAGCUGAUCCAUAGAAAAGGUGUUUUUGGAAUCAAAAUAGUUAACAAGAAAGUGAAGAGAGUUUUAUGACAGUAUUAUGGUUUUUAUCCAAUAAAUCCGGUUCCAGAGCUGCAGAGAAGAGCGACGUGAACAAACAGUGACAUGGAGGCUGAAAUUUCUUACUGGUUUACUUAAAUUUGAAAGAUCGCCACAGAUUAUAAGAGCACAAGUGAGCAAAGUGGCAUUGAAAAUGGAGACCAUUGAUUCAUUCAUAAUAUUAUUUAUCAUUAGCAUGGAAGAACUUUGUCUGUUGUGUGAACAUAACCUGUUUCAGUAACACCAGGCUUCCCAUAACCAGAUAUUUUAUGAACCUGUUGGUUCAACAGCCUCAUUUUUACUGGAAAAGGGUUAUAUAAUUUGCUCUGAGACAAACAGCAGUGGAAGAAGUAGAGCAUAAAUUGAUUGUAUUUCACAUUUAUGCCUGCUCCAGGGAACAGCUGGGACCAGUACUAGCCAGAUGGCGGCCAAAAUGGCUUUGAACCACUUCAUAGUUUUGCCAAAAUGUAUUUCCAGGAACUUUUCCCCAAAACAGGCAAACUAUGGACACCAAAGUAGAACUUUUGAUGAUGGCUAAAUGUUUCACUGAUUUUGUGCAGUAGAAAUGGCUAUACAGUAGGCGAUUAUCCUUAUUUAUCCUCAUCCUUAUUAAGUAUCAGUUGGCUAGUACUGAAGACUAGCUGGACAAAUUAGUAACUAAGCAUAACUUGAAAUUAAUAUUUACAUAACUAUCAAGAGUAAACUGGGCUUUGUAGAAUUUUUUUUUUCUUAUCCUUUUGCCUUCAUCAUUAUGCUUCAAUCUAAAGUUGUUUACGAUACAAUCAGACUUGUCUUUUGCAAAUAUUUGUUUGGCUCAUUGUUCCUUUUCAUUGAGAGCCCUGAGAAGGUAUUCAGAAUGAUGAUAACUGCUCACCUGUAUAAUGUUGCUUCAUAAGUGUGUAUAAUUUCUGUUGUACAAUCAUCCACUUUUUAUAUUGGACUUUGUUAAGAUACAGUAAGUGCAGCAUAACAGCUAACUCAACCUGAUUCAUGUGCAGAAUCACAAGAUAGAUUUUUAUACAAAGUGUGAACAAAAGCUGUUGGACUAAUUCUAGAGUUAUUGCACAAACGCGUGGCAGACAAUGCACUCAAUGUUUGUCUGGGAAAUUUAUGAAGUACUUCACAUUACAGGAUAUCAUGUUUACGCAUGGCAACAUAAUGUGCCUGUUAAUUUGAUUAGUGCAUCCUGUUGCCGCAAUAUUGCUGUACAUCAUUUUUGCUCACAGUGAGAUUCCACAGUGCUCCAUCUGUCAAAUCCCCUCCUCCUGUCAAGUAAUCAUGAGCUAUACAUGGCUGUUUAAUAUUCAUAAUCAUGUGUCACUCUGACAUUUUCAAAAGGUUCCCAAUCACAGUCUCUGAUGGCAUCCUGUGCAGGCUAUGCAUAACAAUCUUCUCCUCUGUCAUCAAUAAUUGUAGCUAUCCUCAGACAAGUCACACAGGGGCUGGUGUGCUGAGAUGAAUACAAGGCUGAAUUAUCAGGGUAGAGUUUUGUUUCAGUGGUAAAGCCUGGAUCUGUGCAGAGACGUUCAUUACCCUUGAAAUGCUCUGUUUACCUGCACUAAAAUGCAAGAUGGUUAAUUCUGUAUCCCAAAGCAUUGAAGAACAGAUUAAAAAGAGUUGACUUUACAACAACAGUCUAUGUGAGGUGCCACAGGACUGAGCAGUGGGCGGCAGAUCCACAGCAGAUGGGACAACUUCCCUGCUUGACAACAUGUAGCUCACAUUCUUGAGAUUCUUUGACCCUCUAUUCUGAGCUCCCUUCUUGCAGAGCUCUGUGGGUCUAUACCUUUUUAUAGCACCAUGACAUUCAGCCUGUGUGUGCUUAUUACAUUAUACAUGAAAAUCAAUUUAAUCCAAUAGCCACCGAUGUUGUUUCAAAUAUCCACUGUUUUAUCUCUUUUUUCCCAGUAGAUUUUUUUUUUAGCUAAGGCCGGAAAGGUCAUCAGAGAAGAGAAAAAUUGCAGACAAGCACUGUCAGGAAUUGAUGUGAAGAAAUUUCAUCCCAUAUCUCACAGACAUGGACAUGGACAUGGACCAUCACUGCAGCAACAAGGGAUGCUUACAUUUUGUACAGAAGUGUGAUCUUGUGAUUAUUUCCUCUGUUAGGACACAUUUUAUAAAUGUUAAAUAUGGUCAAUACCAUGACUAUUAAAGUUUAGAUAAAAUUAAGUGCCUCCUAAAUCCAGACCCCAGUUCACUUUGUAACUCUGUUGUCUUUUUUUUCUUUAAAGUCAAAAUGUAUUUGUUU